AUUUGAAUACACAACUUGCAAUGAUAGUAAUUAACAGAGACCUUCUACAAAAGAGAGUGAAACCAAUUUAGCUGAAUCUAAUGUGAGUAUUGAUGACACUACACAUAGGAAGUCGUCUGUCUGAAUGUAAUGAUUAGAUUUAUUAGCUUCAAGAUAUUUCUUACACCUAAAUUUAACAGUUAGAUUUAAUAAAUUAUGUUGUUUAUUAGUAGAACUAAUUCCUGUAUAAAAAGAGUACGGUUAAUGCUGGUUCCUAAGUUAAAAGGUGGCUUCUCCCUCAGCUUGCUUUGAACAUGAGUCUGCAGCAUUCUGUUGUUAUUUAAUCUUUAUCGCCCUCAUUUCAUUGAUGAAUGAAUUAUGAUCCGUUCUUCUGAGACUUGGGUUCUGUUGAUAAGUUUGAGUGAACCCGACGGCGGUGUUGUGCUUCAAUAGGCAAAGACAAUGAAGAACAAAAAGCAGAAGGAAAGGAAGCAGAAGAUUAAGAAGAAGAAGAAGAAGAAGAAGAAGAGAAAGAAGAAAAGACAAGGUGGAAAUGAAGAGAUAAAAGGCAUAACGACUGUAAAGGCAAACGGACCUCCCUGAUGAACAUACGCGACAAAAUCUCCUUCCCGUAUCGAUAUUGGUUCCAAAAUGUAUACAACCUGCUUUUUAUUGGGGAUUUUGGUGGGCCAGUCGUGUUUUCA